AUGGGUGAAGAUUGGGGGGAGAGAUCCACGGCGGAGCUCAUGAGCAGGUACCUGGCCAAGGAGACUGGGUACGGGGUACCCAUGGCUGGGUGGCGCAUCUGUUUAGCCCACGAGUUCAAGGAGAAGAGGAAGCCUUUUCAAGCGAAGGAUGUGUCCCUGGCUAACAUCGUGGAGCACAUCGGCCUUGGAAUCAGGUAUCUCAGGUGGUGGUACAAGAAGACUCAGGUGGAAAGGAAGGCGCCGUUCAUCGACAUGUUUCGUGCGCAGCCUUUACGGCAGAUAUACGGUGCGCCAUUGGGAGGUAUCGGAGGAGGUACGAUAACCAGGGGCUGGAGGGGAGAGUUCUGCCGGUGGCAGCUCACUCCUGGGAUGUACCAUUACAAGACCGUGACAGCUAAUCAGUUUACCGUGUGUUUGCGGCGCGAGGGGCAAACGGUUUACCAACAAGUGCUCUCUGUGGAGCGCCCCCCGACCCUGCAAGGCUGGAACUGGGGCUACUGCGGCGAAUAUGCCUUCUAUCACGCCUUAUACCCCCGCGCCUGGACCGUGUACCACCUCCCGGGGCAAAACGUGACGCUGACGUGCAGACAGGUUUCCCCCGUCAUUCCUCACGACUACCAGGACUCUUCUUUACCGGUGGCGCUGUUCAUUUGGGACGUGGAGAACAAGAAUGACUUUGCUCUAGAUGUCACCAUCAUGUUCACGAUGCUCAACGGGUCCGGGCACAAGGACGAUAAAGGCGGGGGGCACUGGAAUGAACCGUUUCACCUUGAAAAGGAGGGGGAGGCCGUGUCUGGAGUAUUGCUGCAUCAUUCCGCAAUAGUCAACCCUUACACUUUAUGCAUCGCGGCUCGAGAGCAGCCGAACAGGGAAGUCAGCCAUCAGACCGCGUUCAGUCCAAAGGGAACCUGCGGAGGUCUAUGGACUGACCUCAUCACUGACGGACGCCUGGAUUCUCCCACAGGCUCCAGUCCGCCGACGCCCAAGGGGGAGAAGGUGGCGGCGGCAUUGGCUGUCGGUUGCCCGGUGCUACCUCAGUCCCGGAACACCCUGGAGUUCUGUCUGGCGUGGGACAUGCCCGUGAUCAGCUUCGGUGCUCGCGAGAGGCAGCAUCACAGGCGGUACACCCGUUACUUUGGGAGCAAAGGAGACGCAUCCCCUUCGCUCAGUCACUACGCCCUGACGCACUACAAACUGUGGGAGAAGAAGAUCGAGGAGUGGCAAGCGCCGGUACUGCAGGACAGUUCGCUGCCCUCCUGGUACAAGUCGGCCUUAUUCAACGAGCUGUACUUCGUGGCCGACGGGGGGACGGUGUGGACGGAAUUGCAAGAGGACGCGGACGUCAGCGGAGGUGUACGUAGCCGGGACGGCGGGCUACCGGCCCAGCCGCCUGUUGUCCAAGAGUACGGUCGCUUUGCCUACCUGGAAGGUCAGGAGUACAGAAUGUACAACACUUACGACGUGCACUUUUACGCGUCUUUUGCACUUAUCAUGCUGUGGCCCAAACUUGCUUUGAGUGUGCAGUACGAUAUCGCCGGCAGCGUGGUUCAGCAGGAUUUAACUGAGAGAUUGCACCUGAUGAGCGGACGCUGCGCCGCGGUCAAAGCCAAAAACGUGGUGCCUCACGACAUCGGAGAUCCAGACGACGAGCCAUGGCAAAGGGUGAACGCUUAUCUGAUACACGACACCGCCUAUUGGAAGGACUUGAACCUCAAGUUUGUCCUGCAAGUCUACCGGGACUAUCAUCUCACCCAGGACAUGCAGUACCUUACGGACAUGUGGCCCAUCUGCCAGGCGGUGAUGGAGUCAGAGUUGAAGUUUGACCUGGACGGAGACGGCUUGAUCGAGAACUCUGGUUUCGCCGACCAGACUUACGAUGGCUGGACGGUAACGGGACCAAGUGCUUACUGCGGCGGGCUGUGGCUAGCGUCUCUGUGCGUCAUGUGCAAAAUAGCCAGCCUGGUCGAUGACGAGGCGGCGCAACGACGCUACAGAGACCUGUUGGACCGAGGCCGCGUGGCUUUUGAUAAACUGCUUUGGAAUGGCAAGUACUACAACUACGAUAGCAGCGGGAGAGAGUUUUCCAACAGCGUCAUGUCAGACCAGUGUGCCGGCCAGUGGUUCCUGAGAGCAUCUGGGCUUGGCGAUGGAGACUACCAGGCCUUUCCCAAGGAAAACAUCAAGGCCGCUCUCCGAUCGGUCUUCGACUUGAACGUGAUGAGCUUCGGCGGCGGUCAGAUGGGGGCUGUGAACGGCAUGCGGCCCGAGGGUGUGGCCGACCGCUCCAGCGUCCAGUCCGACGAGGUUUGGAUCGGUGUGGUGUAUGGACUGGCUGCCACCAUGAUCCACGAGGGCAUGUUAGCGGAAGGUAUGCGCACGGCUGAAGGAUGCUACCGCACGGCGUGGGAGCGGCUGGGCAUGGCCUUUCAGACGCCAGAAGCGUACUGUGAAAAGUCCAUCUACCGUUCGCUGGCGUACAUGAGACCACUCAGCAUCUGGGCCAUGCAGCUUGCUCUGGACCGCUCGCGUCUCGGUCCUCAAGUUUCUGCUUCUUGA